AUUCUGACACACAAAUAUUUGUUUUUAUUGUAAAUGUGUGUUUGAGGUCACUAUGAAUACUCUGUUUUUUUUAAAGGGAGUUUGUGUUUCAAUGGGCCGAUUUUAAAACAAUCCUUUUGAAAGUGGUCUGGUAAAAGGACUAGACUGAAGCGGAGUAGAAUAAAAUAAAUCCGUACGGCCAAAACUCCCUCGGAGAGCAGUGAGAAUAACAAAGUCAUGGUCAUGAGAAGCUCUUUGUUAAGAAGCAAAUGGCUCAAGCCUUCUUUUUUUUUUCUUUUUUUUUUAAAACCGGAGCAUAAACACAAUAAGCUUUUGCUUCCCGCACAUUUCUCACACCUCUCUGUUUUUUUUUAAUGACAAACUAAGGGCUGCUGUAUGCCAGAUUUAUGUUAGCGGUAUGAACUCUUCCAGCUAUGUGACAGCUUCAAAAACAACCCAAACAAUGGUUUCAUUAACAGGAGUUCGAUCUAACGAGACAAAAUAAAUAUUUUACAUUCUCCGCACCCUGCUCAUUCCCCCCCCGAUUCACAUGAAACCUGACGUUUGUCAGUUUUAAGCGUGAGACAGGAAUGUUGGCUGCGACCGGCUAAAGGUGAAUCACACAACGGUGCACCUGAAAAGCGAAUUAUGCCGGAGUCCCCCCCCCCCCCACCGCCGCCCCGGGUGUGGAAGCGUAGGGAGUGGGAGGUGGUGAGAUGAAGGAAUGGAGGUGAAAACAAAGACGGCCCACAGAGGACCUGGGCUCCAAGCUGAUGAGGACACCAUAGUUGACAGGCUUUUUCAUGGCUGGGCUUAAUGACAGCUGCACUGAUUUGGAGUUGGUCCUUAAACGCUGCUACCUAUCUGUCUGCUAUGGCAUCAUCUUUAUCGUGGGCCUGGUAGGAAACUUAACAUCCAUCAGUAUUUAUCUGGCAAAGCUACGUCCGUGGAAGAGCAGCAGCAUCAUCAUGGUCAACCUGGCACUUACGGACCUCCUCUAUGUUCUCACCAUGCCCUUUUUGGUCUACUACUACAGCAACGAGGAAUCAUGGCUGCUUGGCGACUUUAUGUGUCGCUUCGUGCGGUUCGCCUUUCACUUCCACCUGUACGGAAGCAUCCUGUCCCUGUGCUGCGUCGCUAUUUUUCGCUUCGUGGUGGUGAUCCAGCCGCUCAGGGUGGCACAGGUGCAACAGAAGGUUUGGGGCAUCGUCGCUUGCUUGGGGGUCUGGGUUGUCGCCGCUGCUGAAGUCACGCCAAUGCUUACUAGCCUAUCCCUGACGCACGAGGACAACAUGACAUUUUGUGUGGACUUUGCUAACACAAAGCCAGUUAGCAGCAUUCGGGAGUAUAACUGGCUGCUCACUGCGUUAGGGUUCGCCGUACCCUUAGUGCUGGUGUUCAUCUGUUACAUCGGCAUUGUGAAACGGCUCAUUAGCGGAUCCGGCCCAACCAGCUCCUCCAGGAUGCGGGCACGGCGUGUGACCAUCCUCAUCUUAGUGGUGUUUGUCCUGUGCUUCCUACCCUACCACGUCUUGCGAGUUCUGUGGGUAGAAACUCGAAUCGGUUCUUCAUCACGGUGCACAAAAAAUAUAGUGCAUGCAGCUUAUAUCAUCUCAAGGCCUCUGGCAGGAUUCAACACGUUCUUUAACCUGGCGUUGUACACUCUCUCGGGCGAUAACUUCAAGAAGGCCUUUCUGGACAUUUUCUGUCGAGAACAGUGGGUCAGCAAGGCGAGAUCUCUGCUCCACCUAAACAUUAAUAAAUGAGCCUGCUGCUGCAUGACUAACAACCAAUGACUUUUUCCUGUAAUCAUCCAACUAAAUGGACAUUAGAAGGCGCAAGUUAGUGUUAUCAGGCACUCAGCAGACAUUUGAGACAGUUAGUGAAUGUCACUAGACAGAGUUUGUAUAAAUGGUGCAAUAGAUUAGCAUAAACUGUUAUUUUAACUCUUUCUUAUUGUUGCUGUGACCGUAUAUGGGCACGUUUAGGUGUGUAGCUAUUAUUAUUUAGCCAUUUUCUGUCUUACUUAAUAGGUAUGUUCUUUUUAUAUUUGUGUCAUGUUUUACAGUAUGCUGCAAAAUGUCCAAUGUCCCUGGCACUUUUGAUUGUUUUACCUUGAAAACCACCAACUUCGAUAUGUUUCGCUAGGAUUUUAUGUAACAGAUCAACACAAAAAAAAACGAAACGGUCUCAAGGGCUUCAACAAAUAAACGUCUGAAAAGUGUGGAGAAUUUUUGAAUUUAGCACCUUUCAUCCGAUUGAAUCGGCCAAAUAAAAUCCAGUGCAACAAAAGACAUGCUUGUUUGAGAUA